UAGAAAGUAGAGAGACUCGCGUCAGAGGACAUAGAGUUAUUGAGUGGGAGCACACUCAUCCACCACCAAACCAUGUCGCUUGGAUAUGCAGAGAAGCUUUCGUACAUAGAAGAUGUGGGCAGCGUGGGGAUGGCAGAAUAUUUCGAACCAGCUCAAGUUUUACAAGAAAAAAUUGAGCAACUUGCUUUCUUUAUAAGAAAGAGUAAGCGCCUAGUAGUGUUUACAGGUGCAGGAAUAUCAACGUCUUGUGGUAUACCUGAUUUCAGAGGCCCCAAGGGAAUUUGGACGCUUCAGCGUGAAGGCAAACCAUUGCCUGGAGCAUCUUUGCCAUUUCAUCGUGCAGUGCCAAGCGUGACUCACAUGGCUCUGGUAGAAUUAGAGAAGGCCGGUAUAUUAAAGUUUGUUAUCAGUCAGAAUAUUGAUGGUCUCCAUCUUCGUUCUGGAAUACCAAGGGAGAAACUAGCAGAAUUGCAUGGGAACUCCUUUAUGGAAACAUGCCCUUCCUGUGGAGCUGAGUACUUUCGGGAUUUUGAGAUUGAAACUAUUGGGUUGAAGGAGACAUCAAGGCGUUGUUCAGAUGAUAAAUGUCGAAAAAGACUUAAGGAUACAGUUCUUGAUUGGGAGGAUGCGCUGCCUCUGAAAGAGAUGGGUCCUGCAGAGAAACACUGCAGAGAGGCAGACAUUGUUUUAUGCUUGGGGACAAGUCUGCAAAUAACUCCAGCUUGCAACUUGCCGCUAAAAGCACUUCGUGGUGGGGGUAAAAUUGUCAUUGUAAAUCUGCAGAAAACUACAAAGGACAAAAAGGCCAGCUUGGUCAUCCGUGGGCUAGUAGAUAAGGUAAUUGAAGGAGUCAUGAACUUGCUUAGUCUGCAGAUUCCUCCAUUUGUCAGGAUUGAUCUUUUCCAGAUCAUUCUAAAUCAAGCUUUGAGCAACGAUAAAAAAUACGUGAACUGGACUCUCCAGGUUGCAAGUGCACAUGGGCAGAAAGCUGCAUUACCGUUUAUCAAGUCCGUUGACGUCUCCUUCUUAGACAAAGAAGAUUACAAAGCAGCCAUACUGAACGCACAACCAUUUCGGCUUAAAAGGAGAACAGCAUUGAAUAAAGCAUUUGAAAUGGUUCUGAAAAUCAGCUUCAGUGAAGGCUGUGGUUGCUCCUCCAUCGAAGUCGAUGUCCUGGUUGAUUUUAAGGUUUCAAGUGACAGCUUUAGCUUUGAUAGGGAAUUGAUAUUCCAAAAGCUGAGAGAGAAAGCAAUUGUGGAAUCAAAAUGUGGGCAGAAUGCUGUUAUAGAGAGAAUAUUGGAGCCUAGAAGCAAUAUCACUCAGUAUGCCGUUGUCACCAAUCUUGUUCAGUACAGCAAAGGGUAUAAUAAAACAUGUCCUGAAUCUCUUGGUGAUAAUGGCCAUCUCAAGAAAAGAAAAAGAAGUGUGAAUGGUACAAAAUCAAAUAGGAAGGGAUCUGAGUAAACCUAGAUUACUAACCCUAGGAUUAUUCAUGUAACAUCUUUUGAUUAGAUCAGGAAAGAAACAUGACCAAAGCUAGAAACAUGAUUUCAAGUAACUAUUACUGCAUUUUCCAAUACGAGU